AUGGAGAAUUAUAAACACCGACACGAGCAGUUCGUGGCGGACUUAUCUGGCGGACAGGUAUCUGAAAUAUAUGUGAUCAGCCUGGUUGUUCCAGCUGCCUUUGUAGCCGGUCACCUGGUGUCACGAGGGCUGGAUGCUCGGCGUCAAGCUAUUGUGGAUUUUAUCUGUGUAUGGGCCGUUCCGUUGGCAGCUUUGACUGUCUAUACAAACCGAGUGUGGCUGUUAAUGGCAUUGAUUCUAUUACCGGCGCUCUUGUACCGAAAUCCACACCCAAUCCCCGCGACGGAUCGGCGUAGUCGGGCAAAACAUGUCGGUAGCGAUUUGGUAGCGAGUUAUUUGGGUCACAGGCCCUAUCUCACGGCAUACCGCGCAGCAUUGCUUGUGAAUACAGCAAUUGCAAUUUUAGCCGUCGACUUCCCUAUUUUUCCCCGGCGGUUCGCCAAGGUUGAAACCUGGGGAACCUCGAUCAUGGACUUGGGAGUCGGCUCGUUUGUGUUCAGUAUGGGUAUUGUUUCUGCGCGACCGACUUUGUGUUAUGCAGUUGAGGGUAGGUAUCCGCCAUUUUGGAAGUCAUUUUGGGAAGCCUUGAAGAACUCGGCCAAGGUCCUAGCUCUGGGCAUUGCUCGGUUAAUUUCGGUAAAGGUACUGGGUUAUCAAGAGCAUGUCAGUGAAUACGGCGUGCACUGGAAUUUUUUCAUCACUCUGGGUCUUCUCCCAGCGUUUAUGGCGCUUUUGCAGCCCUUUGCCCGCGUUUCCAAGAUACCCAUGCUAGUGCUUGGGUUAGCGGUGGCAUUCGGCUAUGAAAUUGUGUUGAAAAACACCGGUUUACUAGAGUGGGUGCUCGGAGCCCCAAGAGCGAACAUAUUGUCUACAAACAAGGAAGGAAUCACGUCGUUUUGGGGGUUUCUGGCUAUUUUCAUGAUCGGGCAAUCGGUUGGCUACUACGUUCUUCCCUCGAUUCUGGGUAAAACUAGCUCACCAUUCUAUCCGCAAACCCGAGAGCAAAUCAAACAACCCACCGAGAACCCUACAAAGAGAAUAUUCUAUUACUUAACUGCGACUGCGCUGCUCUGCCAUGGGCUUUUCGUGGUACUGCGCAUUGCCACUGAGCCGUCUCGCCGAUUGGCCAAUUUACCCUAUAUUAUCUGGGUAACGAGCUUCAGUACCGGGUUCCUUGCCAUCUUUGUCAUUCUAGCCGAUCUUUUGCACUACGAAGCAUUGCCUAGUCAGGUGGCAGUGAACCGGCGCGGCCAGUCGACAUUCUUAUUGGCCAACGUUCUCACUGGGUUGAUUAAUAUGAGCGUGAACACAAUCGACCAGCCACGAGAGAUUGCAUUAUUGAUUCUGGUGGCUUACACGGCCACAAUAUUUGUUAUCACGAGAUAUUUAUUUUGA